AUAACAUAUAAUUUUUUUAAUUUAAGGAAUAUAAAAUUUACUUAUUAUUUUAGUAUAUCCUCAGGACAAAAUGUCAACCUGCCAAAAACAUAUGAAACUCAGUUAUCUGACGAUGAAAUUAUAAUUGAGAAUGAGGCAAGGCCGCUCUAUCCUAAGGAAAAUGUCGUUAUGGAAGGAAGACGGAUUGUUGAUAUCCAGACCCUUUUUAAACAAAUUCAAUUAUUAUCAAAUCACGCUCCUUUUGAUUGCUCAAUUGCAAAUAUGGAAGCUAUGACAGAGAAUAGAAAAGGACUUAAUAGUACUUUUUUAUUAAAAUGUAAAAUGUGUCAUUUAGAAAAACCUUUUAACUUAGUUGACACAACUGAUGACAUAAAUACGGCUGCUACUUUGGCAACAAUUUCAACUGGCAUUGGCUUUUCCGCUGCUGAAGAAUUUAUGUCAGUACUUAAUAUUCCAUUUAUGUCACCUAAUACUUAUCAACAGCGCCAUGAGAUCGUCGGGGACAUAAUUCGAAAAUCGGCUUGGAAAGCAAUGGAAGAAGCUGCUAAAGAGGAAAGUGAUUUGGCAAAAGAAUUGGGGGAAGUAGAUAAAAAUAACUGUCCUUAUAUAACUGUUGUUGCGGACGGGGCCUGGAGUAAAAGAUCUUAUAAUGUAAAUUAUGAUGCUGCUUCGGGAGUAGCUUGCAUUAUUGGGCAACGCACUGGCAAACUUUUAUUUCUGGGAAUUCGCAACAAGUAUUGUAGUUUUUGUGCUCGAGCAACAGCAAAGAAAAUAGAUCCGAUUCCUGAACAUGUGUGCUACAAAAACUGGUCUAAUACAUCCACGGCUAUGGAAUCGGAUAUUAUAGUUGAGGGUUUCCGAAAGAGUUUAGAAAUGUACAAUAUUAUUUUCAAAAGACUUGUUGGAGAUGGUGAUAGCAGUGUAUACAAAAAAUUGGUAAAGGCCCGACCAUAUGGAAGUUUGCUCGUUGAUAAAGUGGAGUGUAAAAAUCACCUGCUGAGGAAUUUUUGUGCCAAAAUUCGAGAAAUCUGUAAUAAAAAAAGAAGUAACAGUACCAAUAGUCCUGUUUCACCGUUACUUCGAAAGACUAUUUCAAAUAAUAUUCGAAGGUUAAGGACUGCUAUUACAAUGGCUGUGAUAUAUAGGAAUAAAGAAAAUAACAACUUUAUUGAUAAGUUACAAAAUAUUACAAAAGAUCUGAGAAACAUUCCGUCUCAUGUGUUUGGGGAACAUCGUGAAUGUGCAUCUCUUGGUUAUUUUAAAUGUGAAAAAAAAGAUGACGAAGCAAAUUUAAUUCCAGAGAUGAAAGGCUGUGGAAUAUUACAAGAUUUAGAAGUAUGCUUCAAUCGACUUAUUCAUCACGCUGCAAGUUUAUUACGAAAUAUGGAUACCAACAUUGCUGAACAUUAUAAUUCCGUAGUAUGUAAGUUUGUUGGAGGUAAACGGAUAAAUUUUUCUAAAAAAGGUUCCUACCAAAUAAGAUGUGAAGCUGCUGCAUUACAAUUUAAUGUUGGGAACGGAGAAUAUUAUGAACAGCUUCACAAAUUGUUUUCUCAAAAAAAUACAUCUGGUAUUUUAAAAAAAUUUAUUGAAAGGUUAAGAAUGAAAAGGCUGUAUUAUAAAAAUAAGAGACGAAAUAUUUUUAAAAAAAGAAAUAAACCUGUUACAUUACCUGAUAAGGAUUAUGGGCUACAAGAUGAAGAAGUAGUGCAGCCUGAUAUGGAGUCAGAUAUAUUUGAGCAAAAGAAAAUGGCAUUCCUUAAGGACCUUGAAAAGACUGAAAAAGAAAUUCAUGAAAUAGAAAUAAAUACAAGAGGACAAGGAGGUAAUCCACUAUGGAGCCAAGAGAGAAGCAUAAGACUGACAGCGUCUAAUUUUGGCAAUAUUUGUAAAAUGCUUCCCAAAACAAAUUGUCAAAAUAAAGUUCGACAGUUGCUUUAUUCAGACUUCCGUGGAAAUGAACAUACCAAAUAUGGCAUUGAAAAGGAGCCUUUUGCAAUAAAGCAAUUUGAGGAAGAAUUUGGAAUGAAAGUCGAAAAGUGCGGCCUUUUUAUCGACAACGAAUAUUGUGCAUUAGCAGCUAGCCCUGAUGGGUUAGUAGGUUUAAGAGGACUAGUUGAAAUUAAAUGUCCCUCUACUGCUUCUAAUAUAAGCCCAACAGAAGCUAUUGGUGAGAGGUACCGCUAUCGACUUAAAACCGAGGCGGUUGCUUUUGAUAAUAUUCAUUUUUUCCUGUUCUUGCAACUUGCAAUAAUCAAUGUCCCCUUAAACUUAUAAACAUUGAUAUUGUUUUUCUUUUGAGUUCGAUUAUUAAGAUAAUAGUAGUAUUCUACAUAAUAUAAGUCUCCUGCUUUUACGAAAAUUAUAAUAAAAAACGGACUUUGUUUAUGACAGACGUGUCGAUGCGAGAACAAAUGUGCGCCCCUAACUUUUGCCACCUGCGUGAAGUGCAUUCGCUGCAUA